AUGAUAAAAGAAUUUGGACAUACACAUCAAAAGUAUGGCUUCAGAUUACGGCACUUUUGUCACCACGAGGGAAAAGCAUUCAUUGAAGAUGAUUCUUUAUUCCAGGCUUCUGCAAAUGGGACUGGCGGUACUUUUAUUGCUUUUCUUAGCUUCGACGCAUUCGGUACCAAUGAGCAGAUUGCUGUGGUUAAUUGCGCUGGUAACUCUCGGUGGCAGCGUAUUUUCACAAUUGGCCAGCUACUCUCCUCUGCUGACAAAACAAACGAUUAA